AUGCCUCAGCCACCGUAUUCACCAGACUUGGCCCCCUGUGACUUUUUCCUCUUCCCAAAAUUGAAAAGGCCCAUGAAAGGACGAAGAUUUGCGACGAUUGAGGAGAUUAAGGCUGCAUCGCUGGAGGAGCUCAAGGCAAUACCCAAAAGUGCAUUUCAGAAGUGUUUUGACGACUGGAAAAAGCGCUGGCACAAGAUAAUCACCAUAUGCUGCGAAAUACUGAAUGAAUCGGCCGCCUUUUUUUCGAUUGCUCAAUUUCGACAUUUUGUCAACACUCGGACCUUACCGCUCUAUGACUGGGUGCCCUAUGAUAUCUCAUCAACGACUAUUUUUUGGGCAACUUUGUUGCACCAAACCAUCACAGUGAUGAUUUGCGCGAACGCCAGUGUUGCCCACGAGACUCUCAUUUCUGGUUUUAUGAUUCAAAUUUGCGCCCAGUUAGAUAUACUCUGCUAUCGAGCUCGCAUACUGCCGGAUUUGUUACAAGAGGCGUGGAAAUGCAGCAUCUCGAAGGAAGACUUCAAAGUACGAGAACGGCAACUAGUUCGCGAGAUUGUACAUCAUCAUCGCUACGUGUAUAGAUUUGCGGAACGCAUGAAUGCGGUGUUCAUGCUAAUGAUUUUCGUGCAAUUCACCAUAAGUUCGACAGUGCUCUGUCUUUGCAUCUAUCAAAUGUUGACGACAAACUUACUAAGCGUCGAGUUUGCGUAUAGCUCGUCGUAUCUUGGUUCCAUGCUUAUACAGAUUUAUUUGUACUGCUGGUUCGGCAACGAAGUGACACUGAAGGUCGAUUAUUUAAAUAUUCUUACACAUUUUAAAACCUCAUUCUUAAAUACGUAGAGCACUGAAAUCGGAAACGCCGUGUACGAGAUGGACUGGUCGAUGCUUCCAGUUGAUUUGAUGAAGACACUCUUGAUAAUUAUUACGCGAUCUAUGAAGCCAAUUAAGAUUACUAGCGGAUACAUAAUUACUUUAUCCAACGAAUCUUUUAUGAAGAUCAUUAAAAUAUCUUACUCGGCGUACAACGUCUUGCAGGGAUAA